UUCAAAGUGUUUUUCUACCUGCUACAAUUGGCGCAUUUUAGCUCAACCUCCAAACCCUAGUUAAAACAAUUCCCUUAUUUCUUUCUCUAUAUUGUCUUGUGCUUUUAAGCUUCUUAAUUGGAUUUGGCCAUCGUUGUCUUUUUCUUGAGUUAAUUAUUUUUUUUUAUCUUCUCUCUGUCUCUUUCUCUGUAACAGAUCGUUUUCUUCUGCUACACUAUCUCUGUUUCUUUUUUGAAUUUUUUUUGAAACAGAGUUUGAGGGGGGUUAUUUGAGGUUCAGAUCUGAGGAAGUUUAAGAGGGUUAUUCCUGGGUGGUACUUUACAGUUCUUUCUUUCUUGAACUUGAGAGAGAAAGUGCGUGUUGGGAGUUGACUGUUGAAAAUGCUGGCGCUUGGGAGUAAUACAAUCAGUGUCCGUGCGAGCACUAGUUGCAAUGCUUUGCUCAAAGAGCUUCAGCAAAUAUGGACUGAAAUUGGUGAGAGUGACGCAGACAAAGAUCGCAUGCUGUUUGAGUUGGAGAGCGAAUGCUUAGAAAUCUAUCGCAAAAAGGUCGAUGAAGCUGCCAAUGCUAAGGCACGCCUUCAUCAGACUGUCGCAGCAAAGGAAGCUGAACUCGCAACCCUGAUCGCUGCCCUUGGGGAACUCAAUAUUCACUCUCCGAUUCAGACAGAGAAGCAAUUAACUACUUUGAAACAGAAACUUGCAUCUGUGGCUCCAGUGGUGGAAGAGCUGAGGAUGAAGAAAGAGGAACGAAUAAAACAAAUUUCAGAUAUCAAGGCACAAAUUGAAAAGAUUAGCGGGGAGAUAACUGGAUAUAGCAAUCUCAGCAAUGGUGUGAUCUGCUCGUUAACUCUGGAUGAAGAAGACUUGUCACUAAGAAAGCUUAAUGAAUAUCAGUCGCAUCUCUGCUCUCUUCAGAAAAAAAAGUCUGAUCACAUGCAUAAGGUAUUGAAAUAUGUGAACGAGGUGCAUUCUCUUUGUGGUGUCCUUGGGUUGGAUUUUGGUCAGACUGUGAUUAAUGUACAUCCCAGCUUGGAUGGAGCAAAUGACCAAGAGCAAUCCACAAAUAUAAGUGAAAGCACGUUUGCAGGUCUUGAACAAGCCAUUCUCAAGUUAAAAACAGAAAAAAAGGCUAGAAUAGAUAGGCUGAAAGAUGUUGUCGCAUCACUCGUUGAACUUUGGACCCUGAUGGACUCUGCAAAAGAAGAGAAGAGUAAGUUCUCCAAAAUUAUUUCAACCCUUGGAUCAUCAGAACCAGAUAUUUCAGAACCGGGUAUUCUUUCGACUGAGACGAUCGAUCAGGCAACAACUGAAGUGGAGAGACUUACUAAAUUGAAAGCAAGCAGAAUGAAAGAGCUUGUUUUGAAAAAGAGAUCGGAAUUUGAGGAGAUUUGCAGAAUUACUCGCAUUGAACCUGAUACAAGUUUAUCCGCUGAGAAAUCCAAUGCAUUGAUGGAUUCUGGUCUUGUUGAUCCAUCUGAACUGCUAGCAAACAUUGAAGCACAGAUAAUCAAAGUGAAGGAGGAAGCUAUGAGUCGAAAAGACAUAAUGGAAAGGAUAGAUAAAUGGCUCUCUGUGUGUGAGGAGGAAAAUUGGCUGGAAGAAUAUAAUCGAGAUGAGAAUCGCUACAAUGCUGGCAGAGGUGCGCAUAUUAAUCUUAAACGUGCAGAAAAAGCUCGACUGACUGUUAGCAAGAUUCCAGCAAUUGUUGACAAUUUGAUAUCUAAAACCGUUGCCUGGGAGGAUGAGAAAAGGAAACUAUUCCUUUAUGAUGGGGUGCGGUUGGUGUCAAUAGUGGAGGAUUACAAACUAGCAAGACUAAGGAGAGAAGAGGAGAAAAGGAGAUCUAGGGACCAAAAGAGGCUUCAAGAUCUGUUCCUGAAAGAGAAGGAAUCCAUUUAUGGUUCUAAACCUAGCCCAAGAAAAACUAACAGCUUUAGGAAGCCAAAUGGGUAUCGUGCAAAUGGACACGGUUCCAUGACUCCCACACCUCGAAGGAACUCAGUUGGAGGAACUCCUGAGCUCGUCACACCCAGAUCAUACUCAGGGCGUCAAAAUGGAUAUUUCAAGGAAAUGAGAAGGUUGUCUACUGCACCACUCAACUUCGUGGCCAUACCGAAAGAAGAUACAAUGUCAUAUAUAUCAAUUAGUGGUUCUGAGCCUGGUUCUCCAUCUCAGGGUUGAAUCUAGAAACUGGAAAAUGGAAAACAUGAUCUUGAAGUUCAGUGACUAAACGUUUGCUCCGUUAAAAGAGGUAGAAACGUUGUGAAUAUGUACGGGAUACAGACUAGUGUGUGCCUUGGUGAUAUGUAGGACUUCUUGUGCCAUUUGGGAAACUUGAAGGUUGAUCAACACUGGUAGGGACAAUAGGUUGGAGCCAGAUAAAAGUAAUGUUCAUAUGAAUAGGGCUUACUGAUGUGGAGGUGCCAUUCUGCCCAUGUAGCUUGUGGAUUUGGCUUGUUUGUCAUGUAUGUGUAAAUAUGUAGUCCAGUGUGUAGGAUGUCUUUUGUUAUAGUAACUUUCGUCUCUGGCAAUGCAUAUUCUAGGAUCUCAGUGAUCUAUAUGUUGUAAUAAAGGGUGCCCUUGGAUGGAGUUUAUUCAGGUUUUCUUGAUGCAAAGUGCUCAUUCAUAGUCA